AAACCGCAAAUCUUUUCACUCGUAAACUUUGGACUACUAAGAAUCAAGCCACGAACAUUCAGUUCAGGAAGCGAAUCAGACGAAACCUUCAAGAAAAUGCCGGUCAUGGAGAAGCUGAAGAUGUUCGUAGUUCAAGAGCCCGUGGUGGUUGCAUCUUGUCUAAUCGGAGGAAUUGGUCUUUUCCUUCCUGCCGUCGUAAGGCCAAUUCUGGAUUCCUAUGAAGCAUCUAAGCAAGCUCCUCAGCCUGUAUUAAGUGAUGUGGUUGCGAGUAUGACUGGAAAGAAAUGAGGAUGAUUGGAAUCGGUGACAUAAGGAGGUUGUUCUUAAUGGAUCAAUUAUCAUUCUCUUCUGCCAUAAAAUAAGUCUGUACAAUCUUUUUAAACGUCAUGGUGGAUAGCAAUAGUUAUUGCUACACAUUCACUUGUUUUAUGCCCAAUGCAUAAGACUGAUUUUCAAGAUAUUUCAGCUUUUAGCCCUCCGUUUGAAGCCCUAUCAAAACUUGGUUUCACCAUAAAUUCAGUUCUAAAAACUCAGUUUGAUUUUCUUC